GAGAGGCCGAGCGGGGCCGAGGCCCAGGGAGGGCGAGCGGAGGGAGAGCACCCCGCGCCCCGCGGCCGCCGCCGCCCCCCGACCCCACCUCUGCAAGGAUCCCCACGCGAAGGUGGCUGGAGAGGCGAGAGCAACGAGCGCCGCCGCUGCCGCCGCCGCCCGGGGGGGCCGGGCCCAGGCCGAGGCGGCCGCCGCCGGGGAGGAGAGCGCUCCCUCCGGCCGCCAAAGUUUUCAUGAUGACCAUGACCACGAUGGCUGAUGGCUUGGACGCCCAGGACUCGUCCAAGUCGGCCUUCAUGGAGUUCGGGCAGCAGCAGCAACAGCAGCAGCAGCAGCAGCAGCCUCAGCCGCCACAGGCGCCCCCGCAGGCGCCCCCGCCGCCGCAGCCGCAGCCCCCGCCGCCGCCGCCACCGCCGCCGCCUGUGCCCGGGCAGCCGCACUCGGCGGCACAGCAGCCGCCCAACUCGCCGGCCAUGGCGGGCGCCCACUACCCGCUGCACUGCCUGCAUUCGGCGGCCGCGGCGGCGGCGGCGGCGGCGGCGGCCGCGGGCUCCCACCACCACCAUCACCACCACCACCACCAUCAGCACCACGGAGCGCCCUACUCGUCGGGGGCGGGCGGCGGCGGCGGCGGCGGCGGGGGCGGCGGGGGCGCCUACAGCCACCGCUCGCUGGCCGCCGCCUACCCCUACAUGAGCCACUCGCAGCACAGCCCCUACCUCCAGGCCUAUCACAACAGCGGCUCGGCCGGCCCGACGCGGCCCGACGACCCAGAUCAACAGAAAACCACGGUCAUUGAAAACGGGGAGAUUCGGUUCAACGGCAAAGGCAAGAAAAUUCGGAAGCCUCGGACCAUUUACUCGAGUCUCCAGCUGCAGGCUCUGAACCACCGUUUCCAGCAGACCCAGUACCUGGCGCUGCCCGAGCGAGCGGAGCUCGCGGCUUCCCUGGGCCUGACUCAAACUCAGGUGAAGAUCUGGUUUCAGAACAAACGCUCCAAGUUCAAGAAGUUGCUAAAACAGGGGAGCAAUCCGCACGAGAGCGAGCCCCUGGCGGGCUCUGCCGCCCUGUCUCCUCGCUCGCCGGCCCUGCCUCCCGUAUGGGACGUUUCCGCUUCGGCCAAGGGAGUCAAUAUGCCCCCCAGCAGCUACAUGCCGGGUUACUCUCCCUGGUACUCUUCUCCCCACCAAGACACAAUGCAGAGACCUCAGAUGAUGUGACCCCGAGGCGCCGCCUUGAGCUGGCAAAGGAGCCACCCUCGCCGGGGCUGGGGAGCUCCCGGCCCUCGGUCCCCUAACCGGCAAGCAGGCCAGGCGGGGACCGGGAGGCUUGUCGGGCUUUCCUGCUUGGCUUUUCUUCCUCCCUCCCCUUCUCCUCCCCUCGCCCCCGUGGAGUAGCCUCACUGAAGAGGCUGGAGCCUUGGGGAGACCGCAGGUCUCCACACAGUUCCCAGGGACUCCCACGCGGUCAUCCUGGCUGCCUCUUGGGGCACUCCGCUGGGCUCUGCCGGCCGAAACUGGUUCCGGACUUUCUAGCCUCUUGGAGAGAGCCCUUGGCCCCGGCGCGGGGCCGUCACUGGGUUCGGGAGUUUAGAAGCCCGCCCCCAGUCAAAAAACGAGAAAAAAAAAAAAAAAAAAAAAAAAAAAAAAAGCUGCUUGCACUCCUCCUGCGAGUGGAUUUUGUGAAUCCCGGACAGGCGACAGCAACCUCCCUCUCCCUGCCCUCCUCCCCUUCCUGCCUGGAGAGAGAUGCUCUGAGCCUGUCAGUCCCAUUGGAGCGGCCCCACACGGGGGAGAUGCAUGUGCUCCAAGGGGCCUGAGCAGGACCCUGACAGACAGAGCCUGCCGUCCGUCCCAGACCUUGGCUCCCUAGGCCCGUCCCCGCUCCCUUCCCAAACUGAACUCCAGAGCAAAGGCGGAGGGCAGCGCCCCGACACCCCCUGCCGACCCGUGACUUGGCCAAGCUCAGUCCGUGAGACGGCCGCCGGCGCCCCCAUUCCCGGAGCGGCUCGCUGGGGCGCUCGGAACGAGAAACUUUCUGUAUAUAUUGUUGAAUUUUAGCUGUACAGAGACUUUGUAUGUUUUUGUCUUCUUUCAUAUAUGGAGUAAAAGCCACAAAAA